AUGUGGUUGCUGCCACAACUUUGUCUAAGAUACGAGGUGGAUCCUCUGCCUUCUGAGAUAAAAAGAAUGAUUAAAAGGAUGGUUAGGUUGAGCAUACUACUGACAGACUGCAUUCCUAAUAGCUGCAUAAUCAACAUUUAUGAUGAAGGAGACUGUAUUCCUCCGCACAUAGAUCACCAUGAAUAUGUAAUGCCCUUCUGCACGGUGACCUUCAUGAGCCGAAGUAACAUUUUGUUUGGAAAAGAAAUCGAUGUUAUUGGCCCUGGGGAAUUCAAAAGAUCCAUCAAGAUUCCACUACCAGUGGGUUUAAUACUAACUCUAAAAAGAAACAAAGCAGAUCUUACCAAGAACUGCAUUCCGGGAGUACGACACCGUAGAGUUUCUGUGACAUUCAAAAGAAUGGAUGAUAGUAAAGUGCCGCAUGGGUUCCGUCCAGACCCAGAAUUGGAAGAGCUGCACCCAUACAAUCGAUGA